CCCGCUCCAGCCCCCCCCAGCUCUAUGGCAAGGAUGGACCCCUGACGGCAGGCACCCGCGGGCCAGAGGAGACGGCGCCGGGCACAGCCCGGGGAGAUGCCCUCGGCGGCCCUGACAGCAUCGGGUCCUCCCUGACCCUGCCGCCGCCCUGAGCAUCCCGUCCCCCACCCCGAGGGCAGGGAAAGGCGGGGGCCUCCCCCCGGGUCCGGCAGUCAAGAUGGUGAUGUCCCAGGGCACCUACACCUUCCUCACCUGCUUUGCGGGCUUCUGGCUCAUCUGGGGCCUCAUCGUGCUGCUGUGCUGCUUCUGCAGCUACCUGCGGCGGCGGGUGAAGCGGCAGCAGGAGGAGCGGCUGCGGGAGCAGAGCCUGCGCGCGCUGGAGAUGGAGCCACUGCACUAUGAGGGUUACAGGGGCAGCCCCCCCGGCAUCGCCAUUCCCCACCGCCUCCGCCUCGACCCCCACCAUCAUCAUCACCCCCACCACAUCCCACCCCCCCGACCCUGGAGCUGCCGGCACGGGGUCCGGGGGGGGCUUUGCCUUGCAGAGUCGGACCUGUCAAAGCCGCCGUGCUAUGAGGAAGCUCUGUUGAUGGCAGAGCCCCCCCCACCAUACAGCGAGGUGCUGAUGGACACACGGGGGCUCUACCGCAAAAUCAACGCCCCUUUCCUGAGCCACGAGCGGCUGGAGAAGCAGGAGCAGCCCCCCAGCUACAAACCACUUUUCCUCGAUGCCAGCUAUGGUUCGGCACUGCACCUGCCCCGCUCUGCCAGCCCUGGCCCUGCCUGCCCGGACCUCUACCUGCAGCAGGAGUGCUCCCCACGCAUGUUUCCCAGCUGGACGGACUCGGAGCUCAGCAGCAGGGACACCUACGAGCCAGGACCCUGGCACCUCCCGGUCUCCAUGCCCCUCUUCGGCAGGACUACCGCUGUGUAACGGCAGCUGCGGGGGACCCCCGGACCUUGCCAUGCACCUGGGGGGUGGGUGGUUUUGAUUGCCCAUGUCACCUCGGGGACACCCGCCCCGGCGCGGGCCAUCGCCGCCGGCGCGGAAGGGGCUGGUUCCCCGUCUGGCCCCUGCCAGCCCCCCCAUGGCCGGGGUCGCUGGGGACCCGGACUCUGCUCUGUUUCUUAAAUUUUUUGUUUGUUACAGUUUGAGAAUAAAAGUUUGUGGCUCGGG